GGGGGGCUCAGCCCCCGCCUCAGUGUCCACAGGCUGCUUGGAGGGAAGAACAGCCUUCAAACUGUCCGCCAAAAGUGAGCUGAGGGCCGCCCUCCCUCCGCUGCUCUGCUGGAAGCCUCUUUUGUCAUUAGCCCGGCAGGAAAAGGCGCGGGAACUCCGCGGAGAUAAAGACAGGCUGAGUCCGCUCUCAGACAUCAUUUCUCUGAGUCCACACUCUAGAAAGAGAGCCAAGAUGAGCGGAAGAGGCAAGACAGGCGGAAAGGCCAGAGCCAAGGCAAAGUCCCGAUCCUCCCGUGCCGGGCUCCAGUUCCCGGUCGGUCGUGUCCACAGGCUGCUCCGCAAAGGGAACUAUGCCCAGCGUGUGGGAGCCGGAGCCCCCGUCUACCUGGCGGCUGUGCUGGAGUACCUGACCGCUGAGAUCCUGGAGCUGGCUGGAAAUGCUGCCCGGGACAACAAGAAGACCAGGAUCAUCCCCCGUCACCUGCAGCUGGCUGUCCGCAACGACGAGGAGCUCAACAAGCUGCUGGGAGGAGUCACCAUCGCUCAGGGCGGCGUGCUGCCCAACAUCCAGGCUGUUCUGCUGCCCAAGAAGACCGAGAAGGCCGCCAAGAAGUAGACCAGACCAGACC